AUGGAAGAAGAAUACUCGAUGGAUCCAGCUCAGUUGCUGGUCGGAGCUUCAGAUUUCGCCUAUAAUCCCGGCUCUCAUUCCGAUGCUUCAGCAAAGGAGUUCCUUGAUCGCUUCCCUCUUCCAGCCAUCAUCACUGCAUUACAAACAAAAUCAGACGUGCCUGGUCUUGAAAAUGCCUUGGUUGCUUGUUUAGAAAGGGUUUUCAGAACCAAAUUCGGGGCCUCCCUCAUCCCACUCUACAUGAGUGCCCUUUUAAUGUCUGAUUAUGCUCACAUCAGCCAAAGCUUCCAUGGUCUCAGGCCUCACAAUGAUGUUAUUCACGUACUUAUUGAGCCCUCUUUUUGCUUUCAGCCUUUUGUUGUAGUUGGUCUUGGUGCAGAGUCUGAAGGAGUUCGAUGUUUGUCUUGUAAAACAGUUUUUUGCCUUUUGGAGAAUCUUGAUGAAGCUACUAUAAGACAGCUAUUUCAUGGGUAUGAUGUGUACCCACUUUUGCUUAAUUGCCUCGUUGAUGGGGAUGAACAAGUCGCCACAGCAUCAAUGGGUGCGAUUAAGAAGUUGGCUGACUCUCCAAAAGGCAUGGACAUUGUGUUCCCAGCUAAUACCAGUGAACCCACACACCUCAGAAAUUUAGCAGCACGAUGUUCAUCACUGGGACGAGUCCGGGUUCUAGCUUUAAUAGUGAAACUAUUUGCUAUUUCUGGCUCCGUGGCUUCAGUUAUCUACCACUCAAAUCUGCUAAGUCUGUUGGAGGCCGAAGUCAGCAAUACAAAUGACACACUCAUGAUUUUGAGUGUUUUGGAGCUUCUGUAUGAGUUGGCAGAAAUUCAGCAUAGUGCAGAGUUCUUGUCAAAGACUACCCUUCUUCAGCUACUUAGUUCCAUAAUCAGCAAUCCAUCAGCUGAUUCAAUAUUAAGAUCAAGAUCAAUGAUGAUAAGUGGAAGGCUUAUGUCCAAGGAGAAUGCUUAUAUGUACAUUGAUGAAUCUUGUGUUAAUACUGUUGUUUCAGCCAUUGAUCAAAGAUUCGGGCUGCUGGAAAGUCAAGAUGCAGAUGAAUGUGAAUGUGCACUUGAUGCAUUGGGUCAAAUAGGGUCAUCUAAUCGAGGAGCUGCGUUGCUACUCUCAAGCUCACCUCCUGUCGCUAGACAUGUUGUUAAUGCUGCCUUUGAUCAGCAAGGGCAUGGUAAACAGCUGGCUGCAUUGCAUGCACUUGGAAACAUUGCAGGAGAAACUCGUUCCGAAAACAACGUAAUUUUGAAUGGUGAUUUAGAAGAAAGCCUUCGUCACUUGCUUUAUGAAGCAGCUUCCAAGACUCCAAAGCUGACGCCAUCGGGCUGUUUUCUAUCAGUUCUUCAGCAGGAGCCAGAAAUGCGUUUGGCGGGUUAUAGAGUGUUAAUGGGGUUGGUAGCUCGACCAUGGUGCCUGAUGGAGAUUUGCUCGAGACAAGAGAUUAUACAUAUAGUGACAGACACAUAUACUGAAACAACUAAGAUAGGUAUGGAAGCUAGACAUCAUUGUUGCCAGGCAAUUCAUAAAGCCUUCAUGUCGUCAAGUAAUCUAUUCAGUGACCCUGCUUUUGCUGGGAUAGCUGCAAAGCUGCAGGAAGCAAUUAGCAAGGGUCCUUACCUUACAAAAAAGCAUCCUGAAGCUCAACCUUCAGUAAUGACAGCUGAGAGAUUUUGA